AGAGAGAGAGAGAGAGAGGGAGAGAGUUGGGGGAGGAGGGCAGAGAGUAGGCUUGUUUGGAGAUAGGGAAUGCCUGUUAGUGUGUCUGCCGAUAAUAGCACAUCAGCCAGAGCACUGCUAUUGGGAGAGCAGAGCACAGGCAGUGCGGAGGACUGAGACGCUGAGACACAGCCACAGAAUGGCACACUAGAGAAGACAGGCACAGUCAGAAAGAAACAGAGGGACAAUAAAAUAAGGGAAGAAAGAGAGCGCAUCAGAGAGCACGUUGAGAAGAGGAGGACAGAGAAGGAGCAGAGCAUUGGAAAGAGGAGAGGAGAGUGAGGAAGGGAGAAAAGUUACCAGGUCAGCAGGAGAACGUGGAAGUGGAGCAGCUGAGACUCACUGGGGUCUCACUCCCUCUGGAACAGCCCGGCACAGAAAUAGGAAGCACAGAAGGAGAGAGAUAUUCCAAUAGGGGAUAGAGGGACUACAAUAACUUCUUCCUGGAAAGAUAGUCCUGUCAUAAAGCAAGGGGUAAUGCUCCUCACAGGACCCUUCUGCACAGCUACUUCAGCAAGAAAGCAGCAGCAAGCAGAAGACACUUAAGUCUGGUGCAGGUGCCUGGACAGUGCAGCUCUACUCACUUCUAUACUGAGGACUUUCUUACCCAACUGUGUGCUUUUCGGUGGAUGUAGUUGUGCAUUUAUCUUUCUUUAGUUUUUGCUUCAGAGUGUGAAGCAGUGGGGAUUUUGGAGGGUGAAUUGUCCUGUCCUGUCAUCUCUGAGACUAUGGUAGACUGUGCGUCAGGGAGCCCUUCAUCAGCAGCUGCAGCCUUAGAGCAUGGAGAAGUCCAGCAGUGAGGAGUCAGCCAUUCACCGUAGCCCCUCCGUAGAUAGCCGCGACUCCGAUUUUGCUCAAGCAUCCACGUCUGGCCGCCCAUUUGGCGGCCGCGGCUUCACUGCCGGCGCAUUCUACGGCUCCACGGGGCCGCGCAAAAACGCACAGCAGGGACAGGCUGGAGCAGCAGCAGCAGCUGACACCAGCGGAGGAGACAAGACCAACAACAAGUACAGCUCACCAAAAGGCAGCAAAUACGUAGUCUUUUACCUGGAUCUAUCCUUUGUGUUCCUUUUAGAAUUCAAGAAGUGCAACAUGGCAAGAGGCUGCCUGUGCUGCUUGAAGUAUAUGAUGUUCAUCUUCAAUCUCAUCUUCUGGUUAUGUGGCUGUGGGCUGCUCGGCGUGGGCAUCUGGCUCUCUGUGUCUCAGGGCAGCUUUGCCACCUUCUCGCCCUCAUUCCCCUCAUUGUCAGCCGCCAACAUGGUCAUCGCCAUUGGCGCCAUCGUCAUGGUAACGGGCUUUCUCGGUUGCCUGGGUGCCAUCAAGGAGAACAAGUGCCUGCUUCUGAGCUUCUUCAUUGUCCUGCUGAUAAUUCUCCUGGCAGAGCUGAUAUUACUCAUCCUGUUCUUCGUGUACUCAGAUAAGGUGAGUGAGAACGCCAAGCAGGAUCUGAAGGAUGGGCUGGCUCUCUACAACUCAGAAAACAACAUAGGUCUGCGAAACGCCUGGAACAUCAUUCAGGCAGAGUGGAAGUGCUGUGGUGUGAUAGCAUACACCGACUGGCACGAGGCCUUGAAGGAAAAGGUAGUUCCUGACCGCUGCUGCCAGGAGCAUUACCAGAACUGUGGUCGUAACUCCACCACCAUGUUCUGGAACAGGGGCUGCUUUGAGAAAGUGGAGGAAUGGCUGGACGACAACAAGCACCUGCUGGGAACCAUAGGCAUGGUCAUCUUGGUAGUGCAGCUCUUGGGCAUGGCGUUCUCCAUGACGCUGUUCCACCACAUCCACAGAACGGGGAAGAAAUAUGAUGCUUAGCCUUGGAGAGAGGCACGCAAUGGAGAGGAGCCCCACUGCCUGAUGGGAUAAGACUCUGAUUUAAACACCCCUGCUUCUCCCCCCUCCACACUUUACAACCUCUUUAGAGCAUCCUCUGCCACCCCUCGUUUCUCCCACCCAGACCUGUACAGAUUCCAGCUGUGUCCCCGCUCUGUUCUGCUCUGUUCUUUCAUCAUUCUUUUUGCCAAAGAGUAACACAACUGGAAGAAAAGGGACACCUACUUUUGGCAAGGAAGAGAAUCCUGUUGGUUGUCACUCCUCUUGAGUAUUAUUUUAUUUUAUUUUUUUUGCUUGGACUAACAUUUUGCUGGAAGGAAGGACAGACUUUAAGACAAUGAAGACUUUACUAAUGCCCACACACCCCACUCCAAUGAGAACAUCUGAAACUGAUGAUAACACUCCACAAGAGUUUUUUUUGGAGUGGAGUUUUUCCUCCUGUUGAUUAAAGUCAAGCCCCCUUUUCACUUGUAAACUUGUAAUGAAAAAGUUCCAACAUGGCAUGCUAGUUUUCUACUUUACUGAUUUACCUUUGUCGUCAAAAUGUCAAAUGUCUUCAUUUUGUCUUGUUUUUUUUGUAAGUAUGUCAAGGACGCUCCCGUGGAAUGUAAGUGUUGAAUAGAUCAGUGCAAUGAGCUCUCAGACGUGCAGAGUGUGUGUGCGGGGUUGGAUUUGAUGUUGAGGGGCACAGACUUGCGGUGGCUUUUAACGUAAUCCACGAUUCAUAUUUUUUUCAUACGGCUACGGAGAUUUGGGUAAAGUGAGCAUGAUGGAGGAACGUCAUGUCAGUGCGAGACAUCAUCAGCUGAUUUAUUUCAUACCAUAUUCUUCUGUAUCCUCUGAAUAUGAAAAUGUAAUGCACACACUUUGUACUGCCACACAGCAGCAGUAUUCCCAUUCCCUGUGAGACAAUACAGAUGGUGUAAAAUGGCUGUUUAUUAGGGCUCCACCAGGACUGUCAAGUGAAGACAUCUUGGUGAUGAAGAUCCCCCUCCGAGAAUACAGACAGAAUUUUGUAUUAGUACGUAAUGUGUGUAUGUGUAGCUUUGUGGGUGUGUUUCAUCACAUUGUCCAAGCAACAGAGGAAGGGAAAAUAUAUAGCACAUAGAAACAUGGAGAAGCAAGGGUGUGAGGGGCGAAAACAGAGCAGACAUGUUGUCUCCUGGCUGCCAUCAACUGUGUUAACAGAGGCUGCGAAAGACUCUCUUCUAUAUUCUUGAGAUCUCGUCCAUUUGCUCUGCCUUCCCUCAUUCCCUCUCUCUCUGGCUGUCAACUUCCCGUGCCUCCAUUUUCCUUUUUUUUUUCACCCUAAUUUUCUUCCCACAUGUCAAAAAAGCAGUGAGCUUAACGCUUGAUACGUACACAAUACCUCCGCUGACAUUCCUGUUCAUCACAAGGCGACACCUCGGGUUUGCAACUUAACCCAUUUUACGCAAGCUUCCUUUUCCGUGCAGACACAGUGGAGGGGGCAGCAGGAGUGUAGGCAGAUCAAAGCUGAGACAGAUAGGUAUGGCAACAUGCCCUGUAGGACAUGUCUGUUUUCUGCUGAUUCACUGCAGGAGAUCUCAGCACCAGCCUACCUCUUCAGGCCUGAAAAUAUUCUACAUCUGCUGUAGUGACUUGAAAACAAAAAAAUGCCCGCUGGUGUGUCUACUCUAGACUUUAAAAUGUCUGAGAGUGUGAAAGGUUGUGGUUUAGGGCUGUCUUAAAGGAUCAUUUUAGUUAUGAUAUCGUUGUAAUCAGAGUAAAUGCCGAGGUCUGAGAACAUGGCUAUAACAUUUCCACAAUGUCCAAGCAGGUUGCAAAACCUGAAAAAGUCUAGCUACCAAAUUUUAUUCACAAAACAGAUUGUGAGUGCUUCUGAAAUGUUCCUAAUGUCUUUAUCUACAGCAAGCACAAUGGGUCAAAGUUUAACCCAAAAGUCAGUCAGUGUACUGAUGGACGUUUUCAACAGAGAGUUGAAGUGAUAAUUUUACUGUUCAUCUUUGUUUCCUCUUCCAAAUAAGAUUGUCUAAGCUGGGCGUUUAUGGCCAUGUGACUGCUCGUGUUCUUCAGGAUGGAUAAUCACACUGAAUUUCCAAGACCAUGUGUCCAUGUUAGCUGUUUUCUGUCUAGGAGAGGGUGUUCAUUUGUCUUCAAUCAGAAGUGACUUAUCUAUCUAAUGUGACAACGUCCUUUUCUGUUGACACAAACGCAACUGCGAGGAGCUGUUGGCUUCUUUAACAAUGGUUGAAGAACCGUGCAAGUACCUUUCAUAUCAGCAUAGCUCCACAGUUUAGUAAUAUAGUAACAGUUUGCAAUUACCUGAGGCUGAUUACGCCAAUCCAUUGGGAGGAAUUUCACACUCACAAAUCAGGCACUGAAAAAAUGGGACUGUAAAAAUAGUGCACAGUAUAACAUAUAGCAGCAGUUCACGAGGCCUAGAACUAGAACGUGUCCCUUGCCUCUGUCAGACUUCAUUUUAGAAAUGUUGCCACAUUCUCAGAUCUCAGCAGAGAAAUUAAUUAUUACUGAUAGGGAUGAUGGCAAACUCUAUAAAAAUGUAAGACCGUGAACUGAAAUUGUCCUUUACCAGGAGAAGACAGGUGGUCAUUUGUUUGCUGCUGUUGGAAACCGAGUAAAGAAAUCAUGGGGACCAGAAGUGGCUGCGUUUUAAAUUAUGUCCAAGGUAAUAGUUCACAGGAGAGUUUCUUACUUUGGAUGAAGCCUUGGAACUCAGACACUGUGCAUUGCUGCUACAUGGGCUAAUAAAUGACACAGCAAAGAAAAGACAAAUUCACUCAUUAGACAUUCUUUCUGUCUGGCAGCCUGUAUGCCUCAAAGUACUCAUUCUUAACUUUUUUUUUAUUAGUUUUAUUAUGACUUCAUCGAAGAGACAGUUUUGAGGAGGCAUCGUGCAUCAGGAAGCAACAGAUUUGAGUUGUGAUGUGCAGCGACCCUGCUGGCUGUGAUUCACUGCUUGCCCCCAUAUGCUCCAACUCCUCUUGUUGUGUCCAAGGGGGGAACAUGACAGCUGCUGAUGUACAGCACAGGCACGAGUGGUCACAUCUCCUCUGCUUGGCUGCCUCCACAAACCCUCCACACAUCCCUUAUUUACUGCCUCCCUCUGCAGACACCCGAUGCUACAUAUACAGUAGCUGGCAGCGCUGACACUGAAGAAAUACAGCUGUGCACUUUGGAUGCCUCGAAGCAGCUGUGAGGUGCUUUCUGCGCCCGGGAGGGGUUAUAGGAGAAAUAGCUGUAACAGUUCUGUAAAUCAGACUGCGUUGUUACCUUACUGCAGGAAGAAGAAGUUCAGAAGAAACCCCAAGAUAAAUAUUUAGUUGUGUUGCUUCUUCUUGCGUGGGGUGGGAAAGUGUUUCAACGCAGUUGUCACAGAAAAUGUGAGAAUGGUGAAUAGCGGAAAUAAAACAAAUCCGGUGUUCGUCUCCAAAACUGACGUCAUAUCUCAAAGACCCAGCCGACAGACUCUGAAUCUCUUUGCCUCUGACUGAUCUGACUGAGCUGACAUUUUCUGCUCUCAGCUCUGCGUACUGUCACCUAGUUUUCAUGGUUUUUGUCAGAGAAAAUGUUCCUUCACGUUUUUAGAAUACAGGGAUGAAUGCCAUUUAACAAAAGCUGUUUAAUGAUGUUAUUUUUGUACAUUGGUUGUCACUGUUUAAAUGUUUGUUUUUAUAUGAUAUUCUGUUCUUUUUUUUUUUUCUUGUUGUAGGCUGUGUUAAUUAUUUUUUUUUCCAUUCAUGACAGAGGCUCAUUGUUGCUCAUUGUGAGAACAUGACAUUAAGCGUUUGUUUCUCAGAGGAUUAGUUUUUGCGAUGUUCCUCUUCAAGGUGCAAAAAAUGCCUUUCUGUCUUAACAUUGCUACGGGCAGUUAAAGCAAUUAAGUCAGAAUUGAUAGAGGGAGAGAAUUUGUCAUAUAGCAUCGCGUGAAGCCCACAAAAGGCACACUGCACGCUUGUCGUCGUGCUUCUCUGUAUUAGGACCUAGUUUAAUUAAAUCAGGACAUGCUGGUAUAAUCUGCAGUAUGUCUUUUAAAACUGCCAGUGUAAGGCCCAUUAUGUAUUUGUAGAGCAUGAUUUAUUAGAUGACACUGCACAACACAGAGCUCAUGUGACUACAGAACUGUAUAUCAGCCCUGUAUGUUAUAGCCCCAGAUGUAAAUAUGCUCAUUUUUACAACUGAUGUAACUUACUGUUAUACCUCUGCCACGUGUAAUCACAUUUACAUUGAGAGUUUAAUCGCCAUUUUCUAAUUCUGAAUUGCCUAAUAACCCAUGUUCUUUUGUGCUCAUUUACAGACAUACAGUACUUUCCACCCGUGUGUUAUCCAUUUUGUCACAUUUGAUAGUUUUUUUUCUGCCUCUGUUGUUUUUCUUUUAAAGUACAGGAGCAGUGUAAAUUUGAUGUAAAUUUGUGUUUUUGUUUAGUUUUUUGGUCGAUUUAUUUGACUGCAUUUGCAUCUUGUAGUAAAACACAUUUUCCAUGUGUUUUUUUGUUGUUGUUGUUUUGUUUCAGAAGGAGUAUAAAGUAUUCCCUCUUAUCCAUGGAAGCACUCCCAGUAAGCCACAGAGAUGGCACAUGCAGUAAUUGGGUUUUGUCUGCUGUGAAGAAUUUUGAAGACAUAGAAACUGCUUUUUUUAAGUUUUUUAUUUCGCCACCUUUGACAUUAUUUCUGUAAUCUCCUCCUAAUCCUUCCCCUGUGCUAAAGCUGAAUAUCUGAACAGUGGGAAUGUAUGCUCUUAGAAAUGGUGUGUUUGAUGUUGUGUUCUGCUGGGUGACACUAUCUGAUACAUGCCAGCCUUGUCCUGUGGAGUUUUCUGCUACAUGUGAAAGCACUCUGAAUAUCUAUACUAGGUGGUGCACUACCUUCUCUUUAUUCUCUAAAUCAACUAUUUUUUAAAUAAAGGAAAGAGUGUCACAAAAAAUCCCACGAUACCGUACGCUCAUUUGCCUUUCAUGUUUAAUGACUCAAUGCUUCUGAUGUAUUCCCUUUUUAUGUCACUGUCAAUUAUAUAUGCAGCAUUUAAACAGUGUUUGAUGCUGAAUUUUGGGGGGGUUGUUAGACAGGACUUGGCAUGAACAGCAAAAUGAAGCAGUGUCACAGCAGAUCCCCAUGGCGUAUUAAAUGAAAGAGAGUGGCAUUGCAACUGUAAAAUGGCAUCUUUUUAAAAAUAAAAAAAAUAACAAAACCUGAGGGACUGUUGUCCUAAACAUGCUGAGAUUAGCUAAUGGUAGCCAGCCGGUCGAGCAGAGAGGUUUCUUUUAAAGAACAAAGGGGAGAUGAUGAAAGUGGGAACUCUAUCGCCAAUUUGUCUCGUGUUUCUACGGCAUGGAAUAAGAAGCAGAGUAUUUUUGUACGGAGCUUUAUCCCUUUUUUAACCUAAUUGUUAUUAGGCCCAUGUGUUCUAGUGAGUGGAGUUUAUUGUGCCAUUCCAUCCUGGCUUUUUGUUUUACACCACUGUUCCUUCUAUGCAAAAAUAUGACCUAUUUUAGCCUUUGUACAGAUUAUUUUGUAUGAGUAACAUGUACUGAAAUAAAGUGAACAGAAUCAACCAUG